CCUCACCCAAUUAGAAUGCCGCCUCGAGUCGCCACCACCAAGCCCGGACCUCCUCCUUACGACGAGCUCGUGCGCAUUGGCGAGAAGUGUCUGGCUUUCGUUCACGAAAACGCCAAAGAAGGCGACCCCAAGUCCGUUCUGGAAGCGAUUGACACAUUCGGCUAUGAGCAUCACUGGAUGAUGAACGUCGGAGACGUCAAAGGAGCGCUCAUCGACGAGGAGUUAGAGAAAGCAAAGCCAAAGAUUUUGGUGGAACUUGGCGGACAUCUCGGAUAUAGCGCCGUGCGCUUUGCGAGCAAGAUGCGUGAGGUGUCUGGCCCCUCUGCCCAUGUUUACUCCUUCGAGAUCUCAUCGGACUUUGCGGCCAUUGCCACCAAGAUGAUUACGUUCGCUGGACUGUCGGACAUGGUGACGAUCAUUCUUGGCACGUAUGGAAACAACUACAAGAAGCUCAAGGAGAAAGGUGUCGAGCACGUUGAUGUGUUUUUCAUCGACCACGACAAGAAACUCUACAAGAGCGACUUGAUCGUCAUCGAGCAGAGUGGUAUGCUUCGAUCGGGAUCCGUCGUGGUGGCCGACAACGUCGUCUACGCCCACAUCAGCGACUACGUUGACUACGUCCGUGGACACCCUCACUUCAAGUCCGUACUCCGCGAGUCGUUGCUCGAGUACUCUGACCUCAAGGACGCGAUCGAAGUCUCCACGUACGUCGAGUAAACCUGCCGACGCCAAACAUCCGUCUUCCUAGUGUAGACUGAAU